AUGGAGACUGGACAAGCCAGGAACCGCCUUUCGACCCAGUCUGGGUCCUACUCGUUCGCCGAGGCAACGUGGACUCCAUCCUCGCCUCUGGCCGAGACCCGCAGCCCCAGCCGGUCCACGCUGUCCUCCCUGGCCUACCCCGAGACUUCCCAUUACGGCUUGAGGAGUCGGCCCCGCCGCUUCUCUCCUCUUGCGCUCCCGCCGCUCUCCGAGCCGCAACUGUUGCGUCUACGCCCCACCUCGCUGCGCACCCAAGACAUCUCGCACUUGCUCACUGGCGUCUUCCGAAAUUUGUACACGACCGAGGUGAUCGGCGAAGACGUGAGCACAAGUUUGAUCAAGGCCCGCGGCAGCGAGGAUGCGCUCCACGAGAAGUUCGUGGACGAGCUGCAGCAGGUUCGGGAGCUCUAUAAGCAGCGGUUGGAUGAGUUUGAAAUGUUGGAGAGACACAUCAUUCAGGCCAGUGCACGGGCCCUUGCGGAGAAAGAGCGGGCCAUGCACCAGGCCAAAGUACAGGACCUUGAGCGCUUCAUCAAGAUGCCCCCAGUGGAGAGUGUCUUCAGGUGGUGCGUGGACAACAAGCUGCUACAGAAACAUCAUCUGAUCUGCCCGGACGAUUACUUCAGUGAUAUGGUGCCAUUUUGCUCUGCACCGAAAGGCAACUUCGUCCCUGGGUAUUUAAAACUGACGUUCAGUUGUGAGCAGCGUUCCAUCCUGCCGAAAGAGCUGACCAGGAAGCUUGAGGCCUCCUGCAGGGAGACGCUCAUGAGGUCUGAAGACGAGUUCGACUGCACUGUGGACAGCCUGACGCAGGACUCAUCUUUAAAGGCCAAAUGCAAAACCAAGGAAACUGCCAAGAAAGCAAGUCCACCAAAGAAUAAAAACUGGACGAGCCAUUUAAGUGUGCCACAGAGACAGCGGGAGCGGCUUCUCCUUGCCAGAAUGGAGAAUCGGAACCACUUCCUGAAAAAUCCUCGGUUUUUCCCACCUGACACUCCACGUGGAGGCAGGUCUCUCAUCUUUCCUCCGAGGAAGCCAGUGCCGGUAGGGGAGUCCCCGCGAGACGGGGUGGAGGAGAGUUGUGUUGAUACUCCAGUGUUCCUCGCUAAGCCACCAGUCGGAUUUUUCACAGAUUAUGAAAUUGGAUCCGCUUAUAAGAUGGUCAUCUCCCUGCAGAACACCACCUCGACCAGCCGCUACCUGCGAGUCCUCCCGCCUUCGACGCCCUACUUCUCUCUGGGAUUGGGAAUGUUCCCAGGAAAAGGUGGGAUGGUGGCUCCUGGAAUGAUCUGCCAGUACAUUGUCCAGUUUUUCCCCGACUGCCUUGGGGAUUUCGAUGACUUUAUUUUAGUGGAGACCCAGUCAGCCCACACGCUCCUGAUCCCGCUGCAGGCCCGGCGGCCGCCCCCGGUGCUGACGUUGCCCCCAGUGUUGGACUGUGGUUACUGCCUUGUCGGGGGAAUGAAGAUAAGCAGAUUCUUCUGCAAAAACGUGGGCUUCAGUGUGGGCAAGUUCUGUGUCAUGCCUAAGAAGAGCUGGCCGCCACCAAGCUUCAGGGCUAUUGCAACCACUGGCUUUGUUGAGCAAUCUCCCUUUGGGAUCAUGCCUUCGGUGUUUAAGCUGGCUCCGGGACAGGCCACCGUGGUGGAGGUCUUGUUUCUCCCCACGAGCCUCGGACAGGCAGAGCAGACCUUCAUUGUCACGUGCGACAACUGCCAGAUAAAGGAGCUGGUGACCUCAGGAAUCGGGCAGCUGAUCGCUUUGGAUUUGGUCUAUAUUUCUGGUGAGAAGAGUCAGCCAGAGCCUGGAGAGCUCACAGACUUAACAGCUCAGCACUUCAUACGCUUUGCGCCUGAAAACCUUCAGUCCACAGCGAGGAGACAGCUGAUUAUUAGGAACGCUACGCACGCGGAGCUGGCCUUCCACUGGCAGAUCGUGAAGCCCAACCUGCAGCCCCUGAUGCCCGGAGAGGCCUACAGCAUGGACAGCAUCCAGUACCACCUCGACAGGGAGACUGCCUUUUCCAUCGCACCCGAGAGGGGAGUCCUUGACCCCCACACGGACCACGAGUUCAUCCUGAGCUUUUCUCCUCACGAGCUGAAGGACUUUCACAGUGUGCUCCAGAUGGUGCUAGAGGAAGUCCCGGAAGCCACGAGUUCAGACCUAGAAAACUCCUUCACCACGGAUGAUGUGAUUGUCCUGGAAAUCGAGGUGAAAGGCUCCGCAGAGCCUUUCCAGGUUCUCUUAGAACCGUACGCCCUCAUCAUCCCGGGGGAGAACUACAUUGGCAUCAGUGUGAAGAAAGACUUUAAGAUGUGGAACAACAGCAAGUCCCGCAUCAGAUACAUGUGGGGGAAGAUCAGCGACUGCCAUAUCAUUGAAGUGGAACCCUGCAUAGGGACCAUAGAGCCCAGCGAGGUUGAGGAUUUUGAGUUGAAGUUUACCGGGGGCGUCCCCGGCCCAACCAGCCAGGACCUGCUGUGUGAAAUCAGAGACUCACCCUCGCCAGUGGUGCUGCACAUCGAGGCAACAUUUAAGGGGCCUGCCCUGGCCAUCGACGCCGCAGCCCUUCAGUUUGGUUUGCUGCGCCUGGGCCAGAAAGCCACCACCUCCAUCCAGAUCCAGAACGCCAGCCCGCUGCCGGCCACGUGGUGCCUGAAGGAGAGCGCCACGUGCCUGGAAGAGAGGCACGAGGCCGUGUCUCCUUUCAACAUUGAGCCCUCCAGCGGCCAGGUCCACCCUCUGGGGGAGUGCAGAGUGGACGUCACCUUGGAGGCACAGCAAUGCCAGUGCCUGCAGACCGUGCUGGUGCUGGAGGUUGUGAACGGGCCCUGGAGCUACCUCCCUGUGUAUGCCGAGGUCCAGGAGCCCUACGUGUACCUUCAGAGCAGCCACGUGAAGGUCAGCAGCCUCUACCUGGGCGUGCCCACCAUGGCAGCUGUCACACUCAUCAACGGCACGCUCCUGCCCACCCGGUUCCACUGGGGCAAGCUCCUGGGGCACCAAGCAAGCUUCUGCAGAGCAAAAGUCUCUCCCAGGCGUGGCACACUGGGGCCCAGUGAGGAGCUGCAGCUCAGUCUGGAGUUGACUACGCACACCCAGGAAGAGCUGACCGAUCUGGCCCUCCCUUGUACUGUGUCAGGCAUGAAGAAGCCACUGGUUCUGGGCAUUUCUGGGAAACCCCAGGGACUGCGAGUGGGCAUCGCCAUCUCUGCGGAGGGCUCUGACGAGAGUGUCCCCAGCGCAGAGCCGGAGCCAGGCCACGAGAAGGAGCUCCGCCUGGACUUCGGCUCGACGGUACCUCUGAGGACCUGUGUGAGCCGCCAGCUCGUCCUGACCAAUCACUCCCCGAUACAGACCUCUUUCACCCUCCAGUUUGAGUACUUCGGGAGCCCUGCAAGCAGCCUGAGACAAAAACCCAGCCUCUCCGACGUGUCUCCUGCCCUGCUGAAGACGGCGCGGAUUCGCCAGCAGUUGGCCAAGAGGGAGCAGCUGGAUUUUAUGGAAAGCAUGUUGUCUCACGGGAAAGGAGCUGCCUUCUUUCCCCACGUUUCCCAGGGUGUGCUGGGGGCCUACCAGCAGCUCCGCAUCGACGUCACAGGCUGCGCGAACAUGUGGGGCGAGUACUGGGAUGAGCUCAUCUGCGCGGUGGGAGACCUGCCGCCCUCGGUCAUCCCGGUGCGCAUGGCAGUGGUGGGCUGCCCCAUCAGCUCUCUGAGGACCAACUACAUCACUGACCAGCCGCAGAAGGAGCCUGUCAUCAGGUUCAGCACGCAGGUCUCUGGAGGAGAUACAGUCACCCGGGUCCUUCGCCUGAAUAACUCCAGCCCCUGCGACAUCCGCCUGGACUGGGAAACCUAUAUUCCAGAAGAAAAGGAGGACCAGCUGGUGGAUCUGCUGGUGUUUUACGGGCCGCCUUUCCCGCUGCGGGACCAAGCCGGAAAUGACCUCCUGUGCCCUGAGAUCCCAGAGAGCGGCAGCCCCUUCUGGACCCCAAGUCUCUCUAACGAAUCUUUGUCCAGCCAUGAAGCUGCCCAGUCUGAUGAGAGCGGCUGCAAGGCCAAUGACAGGGCCCGACAGAUCAUCUCAGUUGUCCUGCAGGGGCACGAGGGAGUGCCCUCCGACCACCUGUACUGCAUCAGCCCCAAGCAGGUGGCCGUGUGCCUGUGCCAGGUGGUCCCUGCAGGGGGCAGCAGCACCAUCUCCGUCUCCUUCACACCCAUGGUCCUUGCCCCCCACGUCCUGCACAAGGUGGAGUGUGUUGGCUAUGCCCUUGGCUUCAUGAGCUUGGACAACGAGGUGGAAAGGGAGCUUCCAGGGAGGAGGUGGCGUCUGCAGGACUUCGCCGUGGGACCCCUGAGGCUGGACCUGCAUGGCUACGUGAGGCCCGCACAGCUCAGCGUCGAGCUGGACUAUGGCGGCGGCACGGAAUUCCGGCUCCAGGCAAGCGACCUCAUCCCGGAGCAGCCCUGUUCUGGGGUACUGAGUGAGCUGGUGACCACCCACCACCUGAAGCUGACCAACACGACGGAAAUCCCACACUACUUCCGGCUCCGCGUUUCCAGGCCCUUCUCUGUUUCUCAAGAUGGAGUUGGCCGCAGUCACAGAGCCCCUGGCCCUGGCUGGGAGCAGGAGCGUGAGGAGGGGGCGGCGGCGGCAGGCAGGCAGCUGGUGCUCCACCCACACGAGAGCAUGCUGGUGGACGUGUCCUUCUCGCUGUCCCUGGAGCUGCUGUCCUACCAGAGGCUCCCAGCUGACCAGAUGCUGCCCGGAGUGGACAUUCAGCAGAGCGCGAGUGGGCAGAAAGAGAUGGUGUUCACCCAGAGCCUUCUCCUGGAGCACGCCAACCACACCAUGCAGGUGGUGCCCCUGCGGGCCACUGUGGCCGUGCCCGAGCUGCAGCUCUCCACCAGCUGGGUGGACUUCGGGACCUGCUUCGUGAACCGGGGGCGGGUCCGGGAGGUCUACCUGAUGAACCUGAGCGGCUCCCGGAGCUACUGGACUGUGCUGAUGGGACAGAAGGAGACAGACAAGGACUCUGUGGCCUUCGGGGUGUCCCCAAGCAGUGGACUCCUGGAGGCACGACCAGCCAACGCGCCCCCAACCUCCAUCGCCCUGCAGGUUCUCUUCACGGCCAGGAGCAAUGAGCUGUACGAGUCCACGCUGGUGGUGGAAGGUGUGCUCGGCGAGAAGGCCUGCGCCCUGCGGCUCCGGGGCCAAGGCUCUUACGAUGAGAGAUUUGUGCCGCCCUACCAGCUCUGAGGCUCUGCCCUUGGACCG